CCGCUACAAAUCUAUUAUCUCUUCCUCUUUUUUAACUUAAAAAUGCUUCUUAAGGCCGUCGCUAAACCCACUGCUCUUAACAGCGCCAAGAAGGUUGCUACUCGCGCUUUUGCUUCUCAAGCUUCUAUUCCCACCCCUGCUGCCGCUGAACAAAAGUCUGUCUUUUCCAAGAAGUAUGGAGGAAAUUACACCGUUACCCUUAUUCCUGGUGACGGUAUUGGCCAGGAACUCGCCUCUUCUGUAAAGGAUGUUUUCAAGGCUGCCAGUGUUCCUGUUGAAUUUGAACAAUACGAUGUUUCUGGUAUCACUUCUACUGAUGAUGAACUUUUCCAAGAAUCUAUUGCUUCUCUCCGUCGUAACAAGGUCGGUCUUAAGGGUACUCUUUUCACCCCCACUUCCCGUUUUGGUCACAAGUCUUUCAACGUCACUAUGCGUAAGGAUCUUGAUAUGUAUGCCUCUCUUUCUCUCUGUAAAAAUGUUCCUGGUGUUGAAUCUCGUUUGAGUAAUGUUGAUAUUGCCAUCAUUCGUGAAAACACUGAAGGUGAAUAUUCAGGUUUAGAACACCAAUCUGUUCCUGGUGUUGUUGAAUCUCUCAAGAUCAUUACUCGCGCAAAGACUGAACGUAUUGCUCGUUUCGCUUUUGAUUUCGCUGUCAAGAACAACCGUAAGAAGGUCACCAUUAUCCACAAGGCCAACAUCAUGAAAUUGGCUGAUGGUCUCUUUUUGCGUACUUGUCGUGAUGUUGCAAAGGAAUAUGCUCACCAUGAUAUUGAAGUCAAUGACAUGAUUGUUGACAACACUGCCAUGCAACUUGUCUCUCGUCCUCAACAAUUCGAUGUUAUGGUUAUGCCCAACUUGUACGGUAACAUUGUUUCCAAUGUUGGUGCUGGUUUAAUCGGUAGUCCCGGUUUGAUUCCUGGCUGUAACAUUGGUCGUGAAUAUGCCAUGUUCGAACCUGGAUGUCGUCAUGUUGCUCUUGAUAUUCAAAACCAAAACUCUGCUAAUCCCACUGCUAUGCUUUUGUCUUCUGUCAUGAUGUUGAGACACUUAAACUUGGACGAACAUGCCAACAGAAUUUCUUCUGCUGUCUAUGAAACCAUUGGCACCAAUGUUGCCAAGACUGUUGAUAUUGGCGGUACCAGCACUCUUAAAGAAUUUACUGAUGCUGUCAUCUCCAAGUUGUAAAAUCGAUUGUAAGAAAACAUUGACUUUUUAAACUAUUCUUUCUCUUUUUUCUAUUCUAUUAUUAUUCUUGUUACUAGUACUGUUCAAUUUUGUAUUGUGAACUUGACAAUAAAGUAUGGUUGUUUAUACAGAUGCAGAUUUAUGAUAUCAUAUAAAUAAAAGCUUACAUGAUAAUAAUAAAAAAACAACAACAUUCCUUUUCUUUGCUCUCAUGCUUUUCCUUUUUAGUUAUUCUAUACUUGACAUUAGAAGAAUAGACAGCAAAGUGCUUGUCAAAGAGUUGUGUAUUUUCUUUUAAAAGAGCAUUUAUUGGUAGUAAUAUUUGUGUGUACGUUUUUGUACCUUAUAGCCAACUGAACUAAAAGC